GGUAUAACAUGGCGGCGGCGGCGGCGGCGGGGCGGCGUCUCUGGCGGGCACGCAGCGAGCUGUCGGCGGCCCUGCAAGCGGGCGUCAGGCGGGUUAGCGGCGGCCCGAGCAUCAGCCUGCAGGCGAGGGAGAGGGAGAGGGUGACCCACACCGGACAGGUUUAUGAAGAGGAUGAUUACAGAAGAGUCAGGUUUCUUGCUCGACAAAAAGAAGUAAAUGAAAAGUUUGCCAUUGAUCUAAUUGCCGAGGAACCAAUAUCUGAGGUAACGGAUAGAGUGGUUUCAUGUGAUGGUGGUGGUGGAGCCCUUGGGCAUCCUAAGGUGUACAUAAACUUGGAUAAAGAGACAAAAGUUGGAACGUGCGGUUAUUGUGGACUUCGUUUUAAACAGAAGCAUCAUCAUUGAGAUGACAUCAUUUAGAAUAGACUUACUUUCUUUCUCUUCUAUAUGCCGGCAAAUAAAGAUGUGAAAAUUA